AUGACUAAGGCAAGGUUUCGGUGGGGGAAGUUGGAGUUAAAAAAUUUGCUUCGCGACCAAAAAAGGCUGGAAAAUAAGUUGAAAAUUAGAGAAAAAAAGUUAGCAAGUGCUAGUCGGCAAUUAACGAUCGACCAAAAGAAAAAUGAGGCAAAGGAAAAAAAAAUACAACAGGAAGAAAAGAGAAUAGGUGAAUUCGCUAAUCAAUUGUUUCGCAAGGAAGAGUUAUUCACUCAACAGUUGGAGUUAAGUUCUAAAAAGGAAAAGCAAGUUCAGGAGGAGAUGGAAAGACUUAAUCAAAUAAAAAAACAGUUAGUGGAUGGAUUAGGAAAAAUAAUUCCAAUGAGCAAAGAAGAAGCCAAGAAAAAUCUUUUAGUUUUGUUAAAAAAAGAAGUUGAUAGAGAGUUAGAAAGGUAUAAAGAGGAAGAAAUUAGACGGGUGGAAAGAGGA